CAAUUGAAAAUUAAGUCGUGGUUGAAUUGAAACUUAAAUAUUUUGAGGUUAGAACUGAUAAAGUAAAUAUUGAUAUUGUAAUUAUUUUUAUUGAUUUACUAGAUAAUAAAUUUAUACUGCUCAUUUUCAAUAAUAAUAAUACUAUUCACCAACAACCUAAGACGUAUCGUCCAAUAAUGAAAAUGAAAUGACUAGUCAAACGUUUUUGAGGUCUGCAUUGCUGUUUGUUCUUUUAUUUAUGCAACUUAACAACGUCCAACUAUCCCAAAAUAGUGAUGAACACGAUGACACUGCAUUGAAUAAACAGAAAAAUGGAAACAUUGCAGCAGAUUUCAACUAUGUUACUCAGAAAAAAGAUAAAAAUUACUCCGUGGUUCUAAAUCGUCUACAAUUAGAAGAACAAUGUCCAUCAGCGGUGCAAUGCAACAAAUUGGGAUUUCCCUGCAUUUCAUGCACAUACAAUACAUCUUGCGUCUAUGGAGAGAAAAUGAAAACCACCUGUAAAGCUGAGGUCGAUUGUAUUGGCGAGAAAGAGUUUGAGAAAGAACUGAUUUGCCGAUAUUGUUACCAAACUGAGCCCUGGGAGCAUGACUGUAUUUUGAAGGCCGACUGCGACUCUGUCAGAUCUCCAAAACAUUAUUAUAGAACGAACUGCACAGUAAGAAGUGACAUGCUGUGUUUGGGACGCCGCACUUUCCUGAAGCGACUGCCCUGUAACUGGACUGGAGGCCAUCGAUGGAGUACGGCGCUCAUUCUCAGUGUCACCCUCGGAGGAUUUGGAGCUGACAGGUUCUACCUGGGCCACUGGCAGGAGGGAAUAGGCAAACUGUUCAGCUUUGGAGGUCUUGGAGUUUGGACACUGAUUGACGUUGUUCUCAUUGCUAUACAUUACUUGGGGCCGGCUGAUGGGUCUCUCUACGCUUAAAACACUUAUUUCCAACUCAAUAAUGUCCAAAACUUUAUUAUUUGACUUGAAAGUCUUGUAGUAAAAUAUCUCCUACUUCAAUCAUAGUUAUUUCUAUGAAGUAUAGCUUGUUCAGUCACGAGGAAAAGUUUGAAGAAGGUAGAUAAAACUGUAGAAAAUAUAUAUAAGGUAUCACGAGAAAAAGGUUUAAAUUGAGAAAAAACACAAUUUUAUUCAUGACGCAAAAAUAAAACUGUGUUUUGUAAUUAUGGAUAAAUUUCACAAUAUCAAUCUUGAAAAAUUCGAUAAAUUUUACUAAAAGGCUUAAAUUCAGCUACUUAAUAGCAGCCGUACUUUUUCUCGUAACUGAACUACCUGUGGUAAGAUAAUAUUUAUAGAUAGUUGCGUAAACUAAUCUACAUUUGAAAAGCCCCAAUAUUCUCUAUCUUAAACUUGUUUUUGUACAAUCGAUUUUUACAAUAAUUAUCCAAUGUUUUCAGAAAAUAACAUUUGAAUUUGAGAACAACAUUUUGUGAAUUCAAUAACAACAUUUUUAUUGUGUUUUCUUCCAAUAUGAUCUCUUGGAUUUGUAUAAUUUUAAUCAUAUCAUGCUAAUGUUUUCAAUAUACCUGUUAAAUAGUUAUAGCAUCAAUAAAUUUUACUGUAUUAUAUUGCAACUUCUA